UCGAUAUCGAACCUUUAUAAAAUAAAUGACGCAUUUCUAACGAUAGUAUCCGACAUUUCCCGAUAUUAUUUAGUUCUUUAACGAUACUUAAGUAGUUUCUUAAUGGCGACUGCUUCAUCAUUCAGUCAACAGAGUCCAAUAUGCUGUAAAAAGUGUAAAGUAAAUGGUAGCCUAAAAUAAUUUAAAAUAUAGACUAAAAUAUAAUAAUAAUAAUUGCCUGGACACUACCUACUAGUACAAUCAAUCUAGAAGCUGAAGAAUGAUAAAAAUUAAUUAAUUAAUCGAAACAUGGUGACUGAAUGUAGUCAGAGAGAAGAGAUGACUGAACGGAUCAGAUGAAUACAUUCUCUUGUCAGCUGAGAACAUUAGUGCCUUUUUACUUAUUAUGUGAAUUAUGUUGUUCAUUAUCAUCCUGUGGGACCGUAUAUUGCUACAAACAACAUAACAGAUAUACAAAAACUUUAGCUAGAAUAAAUUACAAGAAGGCUGCGAGCUGACAGUGUGAGGAAAGAUGGCGUUUGUCACAGCACACCAUCGCCAAAACAUGACUGGGAUUUAUCUUGGCUUGGGAGUAAACACUCAAGCAUCCCGUUCUAAGUCAGCCAUUCCACCAUUAGCCAGAGGCCGAGGGAUAUCAUAUAAGGUUAGGACUCCAGCUGAAGAUCACAGAUAUAAAAUGGUUGAGAACCUGAGAAUGAAGGAAGAGAAGCGAGGAUUUUCUGGUAGUCUUGUACGGAACUGCAAGUCUGCGACACUACCCAGGAAGAAUCAACAGGAAAACAAAGUGAGUUUAAAGAGAAGAUGGGGCCCAGGGAAACUUUUUGAUCCAGGCAAUGUUGAUGCUCUCAUCAGACCAAACUCGCGUUGUUUUACAACUGUGGCCAACAGUGGGGUGACCAGAUCAGAAAAGUUGAUUUCCUCCUCCCCACACAAGUGGAGUUCACCCACCACUGAUCUAACACACCAGUUCAACCAAAUGUUUAUAAAAGCUGAUGAGUUGGCUGGCCUAAAGGAGUGCUACAGAAGAAUUUGUAAUGGGAGCGAGGAGUCCCUGUACAGACUUCUGCCCGACCCCCGGACACCUGGGACCCCGGAGUCACCUAGCUCACCCAGACAUGGGGACGUUGGCUUCACCGUCAGGAGCUACAUGAACCCCCACAAGGCCGAGAUACUCGCAGACUUCCCCCACGUGACCAGCUCUAGUCUUCCAAAACUUGACCCCAGACAGCGGCCAUUUGUGAUUGACCCCAGACAUCCCCCCUGGCACCAGGCGCCCACCCCACGUCCUGGCCAGUUUGACGAUCCCCCCUCGAGUCUGGUCAUACAACGGAGUGUGGCAGCCCCUGGGACGGGCGGCGUCACAAAGACCUUGCCGCAUCACACAUCGACCCACAAGGUAGACACAGAAAAGAGGUACAUGUCCAAUCCACUAAACAACGUUAGGACGGCUGACGAAAUAUCAGAAUCAGCUGAGUCGCCAGCCCCUCAUAAGAAUCCAUUAGUGGUACUUCCUCACAGGGAGGCGGGGAGCGAGGAGGAGGAGGAGGAGAGGGGUGACAUUCAGGAGGAGACAAGAGACAGUGACAGCAUGACUCAAGUCUUUAUAGCCGGUGAUGUUUUAUCCGACAACCUUGACGUCCGUCCCCGCCCCCGUCUGACGACCUCCAACAGUGGGGCUGACAUCAUGCUGGGGCUGGAGACAGAUGACGGCAAGAGUGCUGAGGUGGAGAUCGACUCACUGGAGACUGACGAGCUCCAGCCAGAAGACAUUCCAAAGGGCAGAGUAAGAAAGACUUCCAUUGUUGAGAAAUUAUCAAAGUCCAAAGAAUCUGAACUGAUUGCAUUAUCUAUCAUGGAGAGCGCUGGUCAGCGGCAGAGGGAGUUUGAGAAGUUGAUCAGUGAACACCAAGAGCUUGUCCAAGAGAUCAGUCGCACACCCAGCGCAGAGAAUAUUGUACAGAGCGAGACCGGGAGGGACCCGUAGGAGCUCAGUGUUUGACUCUUGUGGGUGUGUGGGUGUUCUCAUGUGUGUGAGUGUGGGUGUUCUCAUGUGUGUGUGUGUGUAUUUGUCUGUUCUCAUAUGUGUAUGUGUGUCUGUUAUUGCGUGCAUGUCAAUGUCUUAUCUCAAGUCUGUUAUCGUGUGCACCUAUCUGUUUUUAUAUGUGAAUGUCUUUGUUCUUGUCCGGUGGGCCAUAGAACACAUAGUGGAUCCAUAUGUGAAUAUCUUUGUUCUUGUCCUGUGGGGUGGACUAGAGAACACAUAGUGGAUCCAUAUGUGAAUAUCUUUCUUCUUGUCCUGUGGGGUGGGCCAUAGAACACGUAGUGGAUCCAUAUGUGAAUAUCUUUGUUCUUGUCCUGUGGGGUGGGCUAGAGAACACAUAGUGGAUCCAUAUGUGAAUGUCUUUGUUCUUGUCCUGUGGGGUGGGCUAGAGAACACAUAGUGGAUCCAUAUGUGAAUGUCUUUGUUCUUGUCCUGUGGGCCAUAGAACACAUAGUGGAUCCAUAUGUGAAUGUCUUUGUUCUUGUCCUGUGGGCCAUAGAACACAUAGUGGA